CGGGCGCUUCCACCUCUUUACAUUUGUGUGUUUAUUGUCAGUUUUCAGUGAGAUAACAAACCAGGAAAAGGACGGUCCUUCACAGCCUGUUCAGGAAGAUGAUAAGAGUGGAAUGGCCCCAGGAUGCCUUCUAUCUUCAAUCACUUAUUAUUGAUGCAUUCCAUGGUAAAGGAUUUCAGAAAAUAAAGGAAUAUUUUCAACAGAAAGUGAGCCACAUUCCUCAAAAAUAUAAUCAUCUUGUAUUAUACCAUCUUGACAAAUCAAUAAAUAAGGAACUGGACAAAAGUGAGUUUCAGUAUGUUUCACUGUUGCUGAAAUGUAUUCAGCGGUUCUUCAUUGAUGGCCUCAAAGAAGAUGAGCCUUUGCUAAUUCAGCAGGGACUGAUCCCAAAGAUGGUUACCUGGUUUGAAAGAACAGUAGGAUUUCUGACCGUAGAAGAUCUAGCUUCAGAUACAUCACUGAAGAAUGUUACAGAAGACUUCUUUGAUGCAGCACUGAUUAUUUCCAGGAGGAGUAGUAAAGGGACAAUUCAGAUGUUGGGUUCCUUCAUGUCUACCUUAGGAUUUCUGGUGACAGAAAAGGCAGUAAAUCAUUUGAUUCAGCAAGAGGCUUUGAAGACUCUGAACAGCAUUUUGCAUGCCGUACCUCGGGAGGAGAGAAAACAACUCCCCUCGUCAGAAGGAGUGCGUCAGCUUAUGAAAGAUCUCUCAAGGACACUUUUCACUGUGGGUGAUUAUGGUCAGCAGGUUGCUCUUUCUGAAGCAUUGUGUAGACUGACAACUAAAACAUCAAGAGAUGACCUUGUCCAUCAGUGGUUUGAAGAUGAUGUUAUUGCUGAAGCUUUCAAAAAAAUUAAGGAUCGAGAAUUUGAGACGGACAGUAGACUGUUUCUUAAUUACCUGAACAACAGACUUGGUGACCAAAGAAGGGUCUAUUCAUUUCCAUGUAUUGCGGCUUUUGCUGAUGGGCAUGAGAUGAGAAAACCAGCAGAUGAAAAAUUAGAGAAAUUUUGGAUUGAUUUCAACUUAGGAAGUCAGAGUGUAACUUUUUAUAUAAAUAGUACUGAGAGUGCUUUGUGGGACUCAGUAAUACUUUUGAAGGAAGAAGUGAUUAAUUUCAGCAUAAUAGAAACUGAAAAGAAGAUAUUCAUCAUUUACCUGAAGCCUAUUAAUAUCAGAAACCGAGAAGUGAGGAAAAUAGAAAUCCAUUUUGAUUUGCAAUUCAACAUAUCACAAGCUUCCAUUAAAGCUUUAGGAGAAGACAAACAGAUGUUACCUGUCCAGACAGAAGUCUCCUCAGAACUUGUUGAUAAGUUUAACAAAGAAGACACCGAGAUUCCUAUCGACCAUGAAAGAGAGACAGACCAGGCAGAAGAAUCCACUGAGCUGGCAGAGUUAAUGCAUGCUGAAGCUGACAACUGCCUAACAACUCCCCCUUUAAAUGACCAGUCUGAGCUUGCUCAAACAAAGAUAGCUGAUAGUUCUCCUGAAAAAUUGAAACUGGGUGAUACACAGCAAGAAGUUACUUCAGUACAUGAAUUUUCUCCAGAUUUACAAGGACAAUCAGUAGAAAUUCUGGUUCCUAAAUUAAAAGACAAAUCUAGGCAAGAAUCUGCUUUCAAGGGAGACAGUAAGGAAGAAACAAGGAUGUUGAAGUUCGGUUACAGGAAACACCUCUUCUCAGAGAGCAAUCAAGAUUCAAGUUCUAGUAGCACUGCACUAUCUUGGACCAAUGACCAAGAUAGGAAAUCCCUAAAACCAUAUCCUGGUAGAAGAAAGACAAGAACUAGAAGUAGCUUAAAAAUCUUGCCAUUUUCCCCUUCCAGUCUGGGCAGUGACCAUGAGAAAGACCAAGCUAAACUUCUAACACCAUUAUGGAAAGAUACCACCAGGCAAAAUAAUGCCAUGCCUCCAAUUUCUGGAACAAAAUUUAAGGGUAGUUCUGCCCUUUUAACUCCUGAAGUUUCUGCCCAGAAAACAGAACUUCAAAGUCCCUACCCACUGAGCAGUCUUUCUUCAUUGGAGCACUCAGAAGUUGAAGAAAAUUUACCUAAGACUGUGAACCAAGAGCUAUUGAUGAAAAGUGCUAACCUCAAACAUAAACUGGAAAAUCUGGAAGACAGAGACACAUCAGAUGGCAGUUUUGCUAAGUGGAAACAGUCAAAAUUGAAAGAAGAUGAUGUUCCAGGAUCCCUUUCCUCAGUGGCAGAAGAAACAGACUUGUCAGGCAUUUCUCCUCCAUCCCUGGCAGUUGUGCCAGAGAACUUGAAUAGUUCUGCUGUUAUCACAACCUUUGAAAACUUCACUAGAGAACUGAAAAGAAAAUACGAGCUUAGGUACAGGAGGAGUGCACUUUAUUCAAAAUAUGCAAAGCAAGCACCGAGUUGCCUAAUAAAAUUUUUAAACCAGAUACAUCACUGCAGACUGAAUAAACUAGAGCAGUUUCACAAUUUUGUCUUUCAAGAGCUGACCAAUCUUGAGAAGGAUUUUCAGGCUCUGAAACACCUUGAGAAAGAUGUUCUGGAAUUUCUGGGGAAACAGGCUGAUGAUCUGAAGUCAUUCUGUGACCUGCAGAUAACUAGGCUUAAUGCAAUCCAGCCUUCCUGAGGAAAGCCAAAUACCAGUUUCAUUACUGCAUCCCUGGGAUGUCUAUGCAACCUAAGUUUUGAUGAGAACCUGGAAUAAUGGACACUUUUCCAAGAAAAUGCAAUUUAACUAAAGAGGCUCCUGAAUACAUGGAAU